AUGGUAUGCAAAGGCUUUCCUUCUGAUGUAAUAAGUAUAAUCUCAAAUAUAUCUGGAUGUCUACCUCUUAUUUCCUCAACAGUGUGUGUAAAUAAUUGUCUGGCUUCCAAAUACAGAACCAUUACUGGUGCUUGCAACAACAGAAACCAUCCAGUGUGGGGUGCCUCAGAUACAGCUUUCGCUCGGUGGCUUCCUGCACAAUAUGAAGAUGGAAUUAGUGAGCCAAAGGGAUGGAAUCCAAGUUUCCUAUACAACAACUUCUAUCUCCCACCAGUACGGGAGGUUACAAAACAAAUAAUUCAUGCAUCUAACAAAGCAUUUCCAGAAGACAGUUUAUAUUCUCACAUUAUAAUUGAAUGGGGACAGUAUAUUGAUCAUGAUAUUGCUUUUACACCACAAAGUAUCAAUAAACUCCCACUACUGUCAGGAGUGGACUGCAAAUCAACCUGUGAGAAUCAAAACCCGUGUUUUCCUAUUAAGCUCCCUAGUGCCAGCAGUACUCAUGGUGGCUGCAUACCAUUCUAUCGUUCAUCUGCUGUAUGUGGCACUGGCAAUCAAGGUGUAUUAUUUGGGAAUAACUUAGCUGCAGUCCCACAAGAGCAAAUAAAUAGUUUAACAUCAUUUAUUGAUGCAUCAACAGUCUAUGGUAGCACAGAAGCAAUACAACAGAAGCUGAAAAAUCUUUCCAGUGAAGAAGGCCUUCUACAAGUAAAUUUAAAAUAUUCUGAUCACGGAAGAGAAUACCUGCCUUUUGUACCUAAUACACCGUCACCUUGUAUUCAACAUUCAGCUCUAGGAAACACAGAGAGAAUUGAAUGUUUCUUUGCAGGUGAAAGUAGGUCUAAUGAAGUGAUAACACUAGCAGCUAUGCACACAUUGUGGGUUAGAGAGCAUAACCGUUUAGCCAAAGCCUUGAAGAAAAUCAAUCCUCAAUGGAGUGCAGAAACCAUUUACCAAGAAGCUCGAAAAAUUGUUGGUGCGCUACACCAGAUCAUAUCUAUUCGAGACUACUUCCCAAAAAUUCUUGGUCCAACCGCUUUUGAUCAGUAUAUUGGCACUUAUAAAGGAUAUGAUGAAAAUAUAAAUCCUUCAAUAUCAAAUAUAUUUUCAACAGCUGCAUUUCGUUUUGGGCAUGCAACAGUUCCACCCAUAGUACACAGGUUAGACUCAGAAUAUAAAGAGCUUUCAAAAUACCAAAGCCUGCCACUAAAUGAAGUCUUCUUUCGUCCAUGGAGAAUUAUUAAAGAAGGUGGCUUGGAUCUAUUGUUUAGAGGACUUCUUGGGAGAUCUGCAAAACUGCAAACUCAUAGUGAUAUGGUAAAUGAAGAGCUGACUGAAAAACUUUUGGUGUUGUCGAUCAAUGGCUCAAUGGAUUUGGCAUCUCUAAAUCUGCAACGAGGUCGUGACCAUGGUUUACCUGGUUACAAUGAUUGGAGAGAAUUUUGCGGCUUAUUAAGGUUGAAGACACCGACUGAUAUGGCAAAAGCAAUAUCAGAUCAGAAUUUAAUCAAGAAAAUAAUAGACUUGUAUGGGCACCUGGACAAUAUUGAUGUAUGGCUUGGUGGUUUAGCAGAAGAUUUUCUUCCAGAAGCUAGAACUGGACCUCUGUUUGCCUGCUUAAUUGGAAAACAAAUUAAGGCAUUGCGAGAAGGAGAUUGGUUUUGGUAUGAAAAUACUCCAAUUUUUACUAAGAACCAGAGAGCGGAACUUGCUAAACAUUCUCUUUCACGUGUGAUUUGUGAUAAUACCGGCCUCACUCAUGUGCCUGUUGAUGCUUUUCUAAUGAGCACAUUUCCAAGUGACUUUGUAUCCUGUGACAUUUUGCCUGGCAUUAAUCUCCAAGCUUGGAAGGAACCUUUUGAAAAUGGUUUAUCUUGUGGUCUUCCAAGAAAAAUACAAAAUGGGGAUUUUGUGUUUUGUUCAGAGACAGUUGUGAUAUAUUCUUGCAAUUAUGGCUAUGUCUUAGAAGGGCAGGAAGAAUUAAGCUGUCAAGGAACUCAGUGGAGUAGCCAACCUCCAUUUUGUUCAGAUAUCAAUGAAUGCGAUAAUAGACAAGAACCUCCAUGCCAUUCUUCAGCUACAUGUAAGAACACACUUGGCAGCUUUCAGUGCUUGUGUGCAGAUCCCUAUGUCCUUGCAGAAGAUCAAAGGACAUGUACAUCUGCUAAGGCAACAUCACAAUCAGAUAAAGCUAAAGAAGAAGCAAAGACAUUUGCUAAGGCAACAUUCCCCUUAGAUAAAGUAGCAGAGUUUGGAACCAUUUCUAAUAACGUGUGA